AUGGCCUUUACUUGCAGCGAUAUUAUUAAGAUCAUAGCGGCUGUUAUCCUGCCCCCACUUGGUGUUUUCUUCGAAGUGGGUUGCACGUGCGAUUUGCUCAUCAACAUACUUUUGACAUGUUUAGGUUAUAUCCCCGGUAUCGUGCACGCGCUUUACAUUAUCCUGCGAUACUAA